UGGGUCGUCGUUGAGGUUCGAGGACGUUGCCGGUCAGGAUCUGGCGAAGCAGGCGCUGCAGGAGAUCGUCAUCCUGCCGGCGCUGAGGCCCGAGCUGUUUACAGGACUGCGAACUCCAGCCAGAGGACUCCUUCUGUUCGGCCCGCCCGGCAACGGCAAGACCAUGCUGGCCAAAGCUGUGGCAGCCGAGUCCAACGCCACCUUCUUCAACAUCAGCGCCGCCAGCCUCACCUCCAAAUACGUGGGUGAAGGAGAGAAGCUGGUCCGAGCUCUGUUCUCCGUGGCCCGUGAGCUGCAGCCGUCCAUCAUCUUCAUCGAUGAAGUGGACAGUCUGCUGUGUGAACGGAGGGAGGGCGAGCAGGACGCCAGCCGACGCCUCAAGACCGAGUUCCUCAUCGAGUUUGACGGAGUCCAGUCUGGAGGAGACGAGCGGGUUCUGGUGAUGGGCGCCACCAACAGGCCUCAGGAGCUGGACCAGGCUGUUCUCAGGCGUUUUACGAAGCGCGUGUACGUCGCUCUGCCUGUCGAGGAGACUCGCUUCCAGCUGCUGAAGAACCUGUUGGGGAAACACAGCAGCUCGCUGACGCAGCGGGAGCUGAUCCAGCUGGCCAGGUCGUCGCUCAUCAGCUGCUCAUCAAACAUGGUGUUAUCUGUGCUGUGA